GUGAUUGGGGAUCAGUUUUGUCCCUCUGGCCAAACUAUUCCCCAAGACAGCAGUGAUGGAGACACUCAAAUUCCCUUGUCUCAGUGUCCUGGGGCAACGUUACCAGAUCCUGAGACAAUAUUUGAGUAUAAUAAGAAAGUAUUUAUAUUUCAGCACAAUUACUUAAAUAUACUUAUAUUGUGGGCAUAGCAAAGCCAGAGCAUAUUACACUUUGGUUGUAUCAUGGGUUCUGCUGGUUCCAUGAGGUUAGUGUAGAAAAUGAUUUUUACAGCUGGACCUGAACUGAGUAUGAAUAUAUUUGGGACUCCUUAAGCUGUGCUAAAGGAACCACCAAUUAGGGAGAAUCCGGUUUGGUUCUGUUGGCUUGUUUGACACGUUGGUGUUGGCGGAUCCUCUGCAGAACUUUCUUUUCAAAUCCCAGCAGCGUCAUGGAGGAGGAGGCAUGGCAUUACCUCGACCCUGCAUGUUGGAGCUCUAAUAUUGACUCAACCUGCAACCGCAAUACAGGCCUGCAGCGCCUUGGUUAACAAGUAGACUUUCUAAAUCAGAAAGAUGUAAAAAAUAAAUAAAUAAAAAUAGCUUCAGACCUGUUAUCUAACUGGGCUUUACCUUGCUAUUGGCAGUGACUGUACUAUAGGAAUGGAAAUGAUUUCUUUGUAAUAAAAGGCAUUCAGUCUUUUCUUGUAUUACAAAAUAGUGACUGUUUAUUAAUGGCAUGCUAACAAAGCUUGUUCUUUCUUAUUCACUCAUUUUUUCAGCAGCACUUUGUUUCCACUGUGAUGCUUGUGCUAAAUGCUUUUGUUUCAUUCUGCUUACUAAGCAGCUAAAAACACGAUGUUCAGGUACACGCAGCAUAACCAAUGCUGCCAUCCAUGUAUUUACUUUUGGCUUAAGCAGUCAUCUCUGACAUCCCUCAUGUUAGGCUAUUAAAAGCACUCCACAUCUUUGUAUUAGCACUUAUUCAUCAGCACAUCUCUCUGAUGGACUCACAGGAGUUUUUAAUAUGUUAAGUCAUUAAAUAUUGGAACGAUUGCCUGAAAGAAAAGAAAAGCCUGUGCACAUUUUCAUUUUGAUGCACAUUGUCAUUCCUACAAACCCUUUACAUGCUCAUACAUCCGUAGGUCAUCGGCAAUACAUUGAGGUUCUCAAACCUGUGGAGCAUCUACUCUCAUGUUACAAACUCUGUCAGUAGUUAUGAAUGCUCUGUCUUUUUCUUAUGAAACAGUGAUGUUGCCCCCAGCAGGCAUUGGACUGUCUUUAAAUGUCCUUUAGUAGACCAAAAGGGAAGCUGUUCAGGGCAGCCAACUUCAGCUGAACUCGGAAGGACUUCAGUGUUGAGUUUCUUUUUGAGAGCAAAUUAACUGGUCAACAGUGUGGAAGAGAGCACUUUUCUUAAUGCGACUUUUUAACUCCUGUCCGACCCAGCUGGCCCUAAGGCAUGCCGAUCAAGAGCAUGACCACUGUAAUGUCCGUCGGAUCAUUAUUAACCAAAUACACAUGCUUCAAGAUGUCUAUAAAUGAUCAACUUCAAAAGUUACUCCUUCUCCAGUAUACAAACUCAUCCGAUUAACUGAUUGACAGAAGUUGAAUCUUGAAUGAUCAGCUCUCUUGUUGCUCAUUGGCUGUCUCGUUUUUAUUGCAGGAAGUUCCCUCUGAGGCAGGGAGUGUCUGCAUAUAAAAUGCUCUGCAGUUCACUGCUCCAUAGAUGCCACCUCUUCCACCUCCAGCCCCUCGGCCUCUUCGUCUCUGUCCAUGGGAGCCCCGUCCAAUGGCUCCUCUACCUCGUCCUCAGACCAUCUCAAGGGUCCCCAGCACCUCCACUCCACCGCAGGGGAUGGAGCUGGAGCUGCCGAGGUCCAAGGUAUGGAGGGUGCAUUAUCCGCCCCCAGCAGAGGAAACAGUGGAGGAAACACCGCAACAGGAGACAUAGGGUCAGGGGUGUUGUCAGGGCUAGGGGUCCAGCAGCCUCAGAACACCCCCUCAAAGCGGAGGCCUGUGCUCAGCAUCUCCCCACCACCCGAGGACCUAUUUGACGACAGCCAGAUGUCCAGCCAAGAUGAGCCCGCUGUGUCUGGUCCCGUGGGUCCAGACUCUGAGCAUAGCAGCAGCAUGUGGGCUGACGACUCCGUCUCCAACUUUAGCUUGAACAGCUGCACCUCCUACAACGACAACACAGAGGUGCCACGAAAGUCUAGGAAGCGCACUCCUCGCCAACGGCCCGGGCCCAAGCCGGCUCCUCCGGAGGACAGCAUGGAUGUGUUUGACGCUGACAGCGCCAAGGGCCCUCACUUUGUCCUUUCCCAGCUGGGCACGGACAAGAACAGUCCCACAGCGAGCUCUCUUGAGUCAGGACCUGCACUGAAGGGCGGGUCACUGUCUACUCAGUACCCCCAGAGGAGUGAUGGGAAAGAGCUAAAGAUCCUGGUCCAGCCAGAGACCCAGCACAGAGCGCGCUACCUGACGGAGGGCAGCAGGGGUUCCGUCAAAGACCGCACGCAGCAGGGAUUCCCCACUGUCAAGUUGGAAGGUGUGAGUGAACCAGUUGUGCUGCAGGUGUUUGUAGCCAACGAUGCAGGCAGAGUGAAGCCUCAUGGCUUCUACCAGGCAUGCAGAGUGACGGGACGCAACACCACAGCCUGCAAGGAGGUGGACAUAGAGGGCACCACGGUCAUCGAGAUUCCUCUGGAGCCCAGCCAUGACAUGACGCUCGCGGUGGACCGUGUGGGGAUUUUGAAGCUGCGUAACGCAGAUGUCGAGGCCCGUAUCGGUGUGGCGGGCUCCAAGAAGAAGAGCACACGAGCCAGACUGGCCUUCAGAGUCAACAUCUCCCAACCCGACGGAUCAGUUCUUACUCUGCAGGUCGCCUCAUCGCCCAUCCUCUGCACCCAGCCAGCAGGAGUUCCAGAGAUCCUGAAGAAGAGUCUUCACAGUGGCUCAGUGACGGGAGGAGAGGAACUUUUCAUCAUCGGAAAGAACUUCCUUAAAGGAACCAAAGUUGUUUUUCAGGAGAACAUUUCAGAUGAUAAUUCCUGGCAGGCUGAGGCAAAGAUUGACAUGGACCUUUUUCAUCAGAACCAUUUGAUAGUAACAGUCCCGCCAUUCCACAACCAGUCAGUCACGUCUCCAGUUUCUGUGGGAAUCUUUGUGAUGACCAAUGCUGGUAAAUCACAUGACGCCCAGCCCUUCACCUAUACUCCAGACACAGGAGAAAACUCAAAUGUCCAGACGGUAAAAACAGAGGGCCCUUCCAUGGUCGAGACGUGUAUAUUUGAUGGACAGAUUAAAUCUCUAUCAUCCGAGCAAACUGACAGCCCUCCUCCGUCUUCUAAACGCCAAGAGGACACGCCGAUGGAAGUGUCGAGUAAUCCACCGUGCACGGAUGUCUUUAAGCCGUCCUCUGACCCGCAUGUCACGGUGCAGCAGACUCUGGAGCUCAGCUCUAGUUCUCACCCCAGUGGAGAGUCCUUUCAGAGCUCGAUGCCUCUACAGCCUGAAGAUGUAGAGCUUGCCCAGGCGCCCCCUGUCUUUCCGAGCCUAGAAUCUCUCAGCACAAUACAAAAGCAGGAUAUUGCCCCCACAACCUCGUUUCCAGUUCAGGGCGACACUACAAUCCCCCCUGUGACACCAGAAGUCCCCCAGCAAUUCCUCCGAGAUCCUCAGGACAGCAUACCUCCUGAGAGUUCCAGUAAUAGUAGAGGGGUGGUGGUCGUGGCCAUGUCCCAGAUAGCAACCUCCUCUCAGCCGCAGCCGCAACAGUCGCAGGUUCCCCUGUUCCCCCAGGAAGAGGUGGCUCAGCUGGAGAGGGCAGUCAGGGAGCUUCAGGCUGGAGGUAACACGACGCUCCAGCAGGUGUUGGAGGCGGCUGUAGCCCAGCAGCAGCUCAACUCUGUGCUGUACAGCCCCACCCCCUCUGCCGACUCCCUUCAACAGCACGUACAGGAGAACAUGAACAGCCUUCGAUUGGGAACUGCAGAUAGUUCACUAUCAACACAGCUACAGAUACAGCAGCAGCAACAGCAGCAACAGCAGAUACAUCAUCAGAUGCAGAUGCAGCAACAGCAGAUCCAACAACAGUUUCAACAGCAUCAACAACUGCAACAACAACAGCAAAUCCUUGGUAACCUUCAGCAUCACCAACAGCAGCAACACAUACAGCAGCAGCAGCAACAUCAACAGCACCAGGUUCUUGGCAAUAUGCAGAUCCAACAGCAACUCAUAUUACAGCCACAAGACCAGCAGCAGCAAAUCAUGGAGAAUAUUCAACAGCAACAACAGUUGCAACAAAGUCAGACGCAACAAGUCCUGAGCAACAUCCAACUUCAGGAUCAGCAACAACAAAAUCAAAUACUUAAUUUGCAACAACAUCAGCUACAGCAGCAGCAGCAAAACCAAGCGUUGAGCAACUUGCAACAACUACAAGACAGGCAGGUGUUGGAGAAUUUACAGCAGCACCUGCAGGCUGAGUUGCUUCAACCCCAGAUCCACUCCUCCCCCCAAAUACAGCAGCCAGUGUCCCUCCUCCAACAGGCUGGAGAGCUGCUCACUAUUCAGACCAGCUUCCCAACACAGCCUCCCUCCCACACGUCUCCUCCACAACAGCUCUUUCAAUCUCCCCGGCCCCUGGCAGAGACCCAGGGCUCCCAACAGCAGGUCCAGGCCGCCCUGCUGCAGAACACGCUGACGGUUCUGACCGGUGGCGGUCUGAGCUCCGAGCAGCAGCCUGCAGGCUCCAGCUUGUACCUGUCCCCAAACCAGCAGCCCCAACAGCAGCAGCUGGCCUUCAUCUCCUCGAUGGAGACCUCGAACGCUCAGUCCCAGUCUGUGGCGAUGUUUCAGAACCAACCUCAAGCUCAGCUUUCCCAGAUGCAGCAUCAGAGCACCCCCAUGGAGCAGCAGCAAUCUCCCCAGCAGCAGCAGCAACAACAGCCGCCGCUUCCGAUGGGCCAGCAGAGCUCCCUGUUCCAAAGUAUCCCAACGCACUCGCAGGCUAAUAACCCCGUCGCUCAGAGCCAGCUCUCCCAACAACAACAACAACAACAACAACAACAACAACAGCAACAGCAGCAGCAGACCGGUCUGCUCCUCUGCACCACAGAUCUUAACCCCCAGGCUCUUCCCCCUGCUCUUCUCUUCAGUACUCAGACCCAAGGCCCCCCGCCUAUGGGGAGCAUUGGCGACCCGGCGGAGCCCAUGUCCUUCCAAGACCAGAGCUCCUCGGGGGGCAACCCGGCAAACACAGACAACCAACCGCAGGGGCUGUUCCAGGAGCAGCAGCCGAUGCAAGUGGGCCCGAGUUCCAUCAGCGUCCAGGGCGCUCAGCCCGUGGAGCUGUUCCUGCCGCAGACGUCUCUGUCCAGCCUGCAGAGCACCAUGGGCUCGCAGGAGCUGAACAACCAGAAUCCGGCUCCUGGCACCACCAUCUUCGUGGUGCAGGGGAGCGUGGGCGUGGUGGCCAGCCCCGGCCAGCAGCCCCCGGAGCAGCUUUUCCAGACUGCUGUGGGUGGGAAUGUGGCUCCACAAGGGCAGGCCAAUCUGUUUGUGUUUGGCAUCCAGAACGACUCCCCCCAGCUGCUCGGUACCGCUGGACCCGCCCUGCCAGCUCAGGGCCAGCCCCAGAACUCCAGUCACAUGCUGGACCAGCCCAUGGCCCAAGCUGCCUCCACAAUGCCCGCCGCCAUGCACGGCAGCUUACAGAACACCCUUCAGGCCCAAAUGCAGUCCAGCUUAGAGAGCCUCCACAGCGCCAUGCAGACCAACACGCAAACGUCUCUGCAGGCGACCAGAGAAACGAGUCUGCCGACCCAAAUGCAGACGCAGAUACAGAAUCACAUGCAGGGGUCAAUAUCCUCAUCGCCCGACAUGGAUAAAAUGUAGGACCUCGUCUACAGAAGCAACGGUUGAUGACUGGGAGAGUCAGUGAUACGUAGCUGAGAGUCUAACGUCACCACAGAGCCGUGGUGUGGGAGGGGUGGGCCUUACAACCCCUAAAUAUGUAAGAUUGAAAUGCCCCUUUUACCUAAAACCUAAAUUAUGAGCUCAUGUAUCUUGUUUUUAUGAAAUAUUUAUAAUUGAUUAUAGCCUUCAUAAAUCCAUUUUCCUUGAAUUGAAGAAUCCGCCUUUGUUAUUACUCCUCUUGCAGGAUCAGAGAGGCCCGGUAAUAACUGCUUUAUCCAUCAGUGUCAGAGAUGCAGUGUACUGUUAGUGUUUUAAUAAUGUGAGUCUAAGAGGAAAUCAUCAUGAUGAUAAAUAAACCUGCCAGGUUUGGUUGAAGAAAGAAAAGAAAAGAAAAGGGAAGGUGGGAAUCGUAAUGUGAUGGAGACGAGUGUGUAGGAGCAGGAGUGAGUAUCAGGUUGCACAUGGGUGUGAACCUCCACACCUUCACGUCACUCUAAAGGCAAUGGGGGGGACAUAAAAGCUGUGAGUCACUGAUGUCACUCCUCAAUUUAAACUUUUUACAUGGACACGCUUAUGUCCACAAUUUGACUAAAAUCUACUCUAAGAGUAAAGACUGUUAAGUUGAGUACAUUUGUACAAUGUUUUGCUUCAAUCAUGUAUGAACUUGUGCAGACUCCAUCAGGGGGGGUCAAAUAUUGAUCAACUCCCAGGGAAGAAAUGGCACAUCAGGAGGGGUAUUGAUACGUUGUGGUGGAGCAGGGGCCCCCCCCGAUGUGCAGAAACAGCAGACUAUUAAACACCCACAAAUGAGAUCCCCCCCCCAUGAGAAUAAUGUGACUUUGGAUUUGGCUCCUCCCCUGUGAUUUAAAGGUCAAGGUCUUCUCGCUGGGGUUGUAGAAGUUUUAAGAAGCAUUCAACUAAAUAAUGUGUUUAUCUUUUUUUUGUUUCGAAGAAGUCUGUAACCACUUUAAUGUGGAAAGAAAACGUGUCCACUUGUGAAAAUGGAGUGUCGUGUGGUUUUAUAAACAUUUUAUCUCAAGCACUUUAUAACCUCUAGCUAAUCCUUAUAUGUCCACAGCGCCCUUCUGACCCAGCUGAAUUUGUACUUGGAAACGUCCAGUUAAAAAAACAAAGCAAAAUAACACACAGCAUUUGUCUUUGUAAAGGUAAAUAUGUCCUUACGUUUUCUCAUACCUAAACACUUGUGAGGUUUAGGACAACUUUGUAUAGAAUGUCUACUCACUGUUGAAUCCUCUUUGUAUUCAGUAAAGUGUAAACAGCAGCAUUCCCACAGAAGCAGAGUCAGUGUUCUGUCACACUGACUAAAUAUUCAUUUAGCAUUGAAAUGAAGGAUUUUCUCCUCGUUUUUCUAUCUGCACUCUUACGGUUACUGUCACAUGGGACUGUUUCACGUUGUGCUGUGUGAGGUCUCUGCUUUUUGUGGUAAAUGAAGCCUCUGUUACAGAGAGGUUCAUCAUGGUUUAUCUACGGUGCUACGUGCAGGAGGCCAAAUCUUCAUUUGAUGUUCAUUUGAAGUCAUGACCUGCCCUACUCCAUGUCUCUGGCAUGAGGGGGCCAUUGUUUAGGCUGAUAACAUCGGUGGAGGGGGGGUCAUUUGCCUUCCUAAAAAUAAAAAGAUGGGGAGGCGCUUCUGUUGUAUUUCUAUUGCAUAACAAUGUGUACUUGUAUCAUGUCCUAAAAGGUUAGUUUUGAAGUGCAGCUGGCUGCUGGGGGGUCAGACGAGACCCCCCAGGCCCACCCAGCCCCCGUCAUCUUGUCUCAUACGUGUCCUCUGCCCUCAUGUUUACUCGUUUGUACUUAUUUAAGUUAUGCAGCUCUUGUGUGGAGAGUAAUUCAGCGUGAUGUUUUAUAAAAGAUAUGUGAAGGUACUUCAUUUCAUGGAUCAGUUGACCUUUCAUUCACAUUUCCACCAAUUUGGUAUAUUACUCAAUUUUACUUCUUUUUUUAAUGUAAAAUAACCCUGCUGUACUUUCCAUAUCUAAAACAGUAGCCAGUUUGGCAUCAUCAAAAAGCCAAUUUCUGAGAAUUCAAAUGUUUGGAAUAGCAUUGCUCACAUAUGCUUUUGUUUCCAUUUUCAUACUCAUACUGUUUUUUGUCCUGCAGCUAUUAGUGAUCCAUUUUAAAGUAACUUAUCUUUUUUAGAAUUUUGUAUCCAUGUAUCAAAAUAGAGUAUUUUUGUAAAACUAAACGUUUUAGUUUAUGCCCAUAGCAAAGAAUAUCAUUGCUGGUCUGUUUUCCUGAGAUGAAGAGCAGGUUUAUUGUGUGUGUGUGUGUGUGUGUGUGUGUGUGACAUUGGAACUUGACUCUAAACUGUUUUAACCAUUGUACCAUAAAACAUGGGCUGUUUAUCUUUUGGUGUGCGUGUGUUUUGCUGGUGUUGUAUUUUUGUGUUAAUGUCGUACAUCUCAAACAGCACUUUGACUCAUUCAUUAACUGUAGAUCCGAUUCGAGUGCAGUAGUGAUGUUUCCAAGCAUUCCCUUCCUCUUUUGGAGUUUAAGAGCACAUGAUGUUGCAGAACAGAAACGCCUCUUAAAGCCAACCUGUGACUUGAGUUCCAUGAAUGUAAAUUUGACCUCAUGUUGUGGACACACAGCUUGCUCUGCAACUCACAUCGGACCAAUUACACUUUAACGAGUUUAGAGCUUAUAGUUUGAGGGGGAGAGGGUGGGUGAUGUAUCACUACAUUUGUCAGAUUGUUUGUUUGGGAUUGUGGUGCUUUUUCUUUUCUUUUUUUUCACAUCCAGUUGUUUGAUUUUGAGCAGGAUGCUCAGUCGCCAAAUGGCCACUUUCAUUUAACGCUGGUGGAGAUAGCACACAAAUAUUUACAAAAAUAUCAGUUUGGUCCUUUAGUCGUGUAAAUGAAUAUCCAUGUAUAUUUAAAUGUGAAAUAUACUGCAGGGAUAUCUCGAAUUUCAAUUGUAAUGCUUUCAGCAGAACUGUGUGCCUUGAAAACUUAACUGUUACUCUGUUGUGUUUAUUUGUGCCCCUCGUGUGUCAUUUGUUGUUCACUCGGACGGUUAAACAUUCACUUUUCUGUGGUGGACACACUUUAGAUUUUUAAACACAAUCAUAAUUAUGGUCCAGAUAGAUUCAUUUAAUGUUUUCUCCUUGGAAAUCCAUUCCUGGAUGUGUCAACUCGUCUGUUACUUUCCUUUGAAAUGUUUCAAAUGCCUCCUGAGAUUUGUGUAUGUGGUGAAAGGAAUAAGGCCGUGGAGAAGUUUUAUUUGGAGCGCUUUCUUGUGUUGAUGUGCUUGUCAGCAUUACUAUUGUUGCUGUGAAAUGCUUGAUCAAGAGGAGCAACCAUGAUGAAUUAACUCGUUCAUUGCCAAUAGUGUGAGCCGUAUCUCGUGUGUAAUCCGUUGGCUCACUUUUCCUAUUUCACAUUCUCCAACAGUUCUGUUGUAUCCGUUCUGUGUAGCUUGAGCUUUAGUAUCUGGCCUCAAGGAUAAAGGUCAACCCCAGUGUGUUAUACAUCUGAACUAUUAACAUGUACUUUGCCUUGGUCUGGACAUUUGUAUACUCUGUUUAUAUCUGUAAUCCUGCUGCUACAUUAAAUGAAUUAAUAAAAAUGGAAACUGUC